CAAACUUCAGACGCAAAAGUGUUCAAUUUCAGAAGUCUGACACCUCUGACAUAUACUUUGAGGUUAGAUAUUAAACUCACAAAAACGAUUAAAAAGCAAACUUAAAAGGAAAAUAUUUUUCAAUUAAUUAAACUAGCAGGAAAAAUGAAAAUAUAUUAUAGCGGUCUAAAUGCCAGUAGUUUAUUUUCUAACGAGUCAGGAACAAUUGUGUAUCUGGAUAAGGUAACAAGAGUACCAUUUCCUGAAAUUACCAAUAUGGAAAUUGGCUGGAAUUAUAUUUUACUCUGGCAAAAUGAAGAUUUAUUUAUCUCUGGAAUAUUAGAUGUCAAACAAGAGGAAAAUCCAGUGAAGUUAAUAAUACCCGAAACAGCAUGUAGAAGAAUAAAAUAUGCAUUAGCCGGUAAAGAAAAUGUAACAAUUCUGACAACAGAAAAUAAUUUAUGGCAAUUCAAUCCGUACAAUAAAAUGUGGAAAAAAAUCAACAAAUUCAUUUCAAUUUCCGAGAAUAUUGAAAAUGAGUAUAUUGUGAAAAUCGAUGGGGAAAGAUCUGUGAUUGCGCUCACAAAUAUUGGUCGUGUUUUCAAUAUUCCUAUUGCUGUUGAAAUGGAGGAAAGAGUUAAAUUUAUCGACAUGGCUUGUGGAUUUGAUCAUACAAUUUUAUUGGCAGAAAAUGGAGAUAUUUAUUCAAUGGGAUUGGGAACACGUGGUCAGUUGGGACACGGAGAUUUACAAGACUCGGAUAAUCCAAAAAUUAUUAAAGCCCUGGCAGGAAUUAAAGUUUCUCAAAUUGCAGCUGCUGGCUGGCAUUCUGCUGUUAUUACAAUUGAAGGAGAUCUCUACACUUGGGGUUGGAAUACAUUUGGCGAAUUGGGUCAUUUAAAUUCCGAUAAACAAGUUGUUGCUUUACCAACGGUUGUUGAUUUUGAAAAUGAAGAAGGAAACAAUUUUGAAACGGGUGUAAAACGCGUUCAGUGUGGAAAUAACUUUACUAUUUGUUCAUUAGCAGAUGGAUCUUUUUGGGGCUGUGGUUCGAAUAAAUUUGGACAACUUGGAAUAUCUGUGGAAAAAAUAACAACGUCGAAAAAAUUUAUUCCGUUGGAAUUAAAUAAAUUUUUAGAUACAAAGUGUAUAAAAGAUUUUAAAUGCAAAGAGUGGGGUUUUUGCUUAAUAUCUGAAUGAAUUUAAAGAUAAUUUUGUAAAAUAUAAAAGGAUUUUUUUUUCUAAUAAUAGUUGCGAUAGCAUUCCUUAAACUGUAAGUUUUUAAUUUAUUGAAAAAAAAUAUUUUCCAUUCUUAAUAUUAAAAUAAACAAUGUAUUAAUUGUAAAAAAAA